AUAUAUAAAUUGUACACCUCCUUCAACAAAUUAAUUCAGCUUGGCCAUUGUUUUCGCAAUUCUUAUGAUAUUGGAGGAAAGAUUAUCAGUGAGAGCGUUCAAAAUGGGUAGAUCAAUUGCUGUAGUCUCUGUUAUUGUACUUCAACUUCUCAGCUGUGUCAUAGCAAAAGAUGGAAUGCUUCCGAAUGGCAACUUUGAGAUUGGCCCAAAGCCGUCGGAUCUAAAGGGCACGCUCAUCAUAGGAGAAAAUUCGCUGCCAAAUUGGCGAAUUAAGGGCAUAGUGGAAUACAUUGAGUCGAGUCAUAAGCCAGGAGAUGUGAUGGUGAUUGUGCCUCGAGGAACACAUGCGGUAAGGCUGGGAAAUGAUGCAUCGAUCAUCAGCCAAAGCGUUCAGGUGAAAAAGGGUUCACAUUAUUCACUUUCAUUUCAUGCUGCUCGCACCUGCGCGCAGGCUGAAAGCUUGAGUAUCUCCGCAAUGCCCGUCUGGGGAGAGAUUUCUAUUCAGACGAUUUAUAGUAGUAAUGGGUGGGAUGCGUAUGCCUGGGGAUUUCAAGCUCCUGCUGAUAGCAUUGAAUUUGUUAUUCACAACCCCGGUGUUGAGGAAGAUCCUGCUUGCGGACCUGUGAUCGACGCUGUUGCUCUCAAGCACUUCAGAGUGCCCAGAUCCCCAAAACCUAAUCUGAUAACAAAUGGAGAUUUCGAAGUGGGCCCCUACGUCUUCCGCAACGCGUCAUCUGGUGUGCUGAUUCCUCCAACCCGGGAGGACGAGGUGUCGGCACUGCCCGGAUGGGAUGUGGAGUCGCCCAGGCCUGUCAAGUACGUCGACGCCUACCAUCACCACUUCGUAGUGCCAGAGGGGAAGGCGGCGGUGGAGCUGAUUGCGGGCAAGGAGAGCGCCAUUGGACAGACAGUCAUAACGGUUCCUGGUAAGAAAUACGAUCUCAGCUUUGUGGUUGGAGAUGCGGGCAACCAAUGCAAAGGUGAACUUAACGUGGUGGCUUUUGCCGGGAAUCAGACUGUGGAGGUUCCUUACCAGUCUCAAGGAAAGGGAGGCUUUAAGCCCGCUACGCUUUCCUUCACUGCGGCUUCUGACACGACUAAGAUUGUGUUCACCAGAGCUUUCUACACCAUGCGCAGCGAUGAUGGCGUUACUUUCUGUGGACCCGUUGUCGAUCAAGUCACACUAAAUUGAUAUGAUUUUCAGAAUCAUUUAAAGCAGUUGGUAGUGGAUUUUAGAAUGGGUGCAAGCGUUGUAGUGAUAGUAAUAAGUUCCUGCGAUCAUUUCAUACCAUGUUCUUCCAUUUAUGUAAAAUCUGAAG